AUGUCUGGUCGCGGGAAGACGGGUGGCAAGGCGCGCGCCAAGGCGAAGUCGCGUUCCUUGCGUGCCGGGCUGCAGUUCCCGGUGGGGCGGGUGCACCGCCUGCUGCGCAAGGGCCACUACGCCGAGCGGAUCGGCGGCGGGGCGCCCGUGUACUUGGCGGCCGUGCUGGAGUACCUGACGGCCGAGAUCCUGGAGCUGGCGGGCAACGCGGCGCGCGACAACAAGAAGAGCCGCAUCAUCCCGCGCCACUUGCAGCUGGCCGUGCGCAACGACGAGGAGCUGAACAAGUUGCUGGGCGGCGUGACCAUCGCGCAGGGCGGAGUGCUGCCCAACAUCCACGCCGUGCUGCUGCCCAAGAAGACCGAGGCGCUGCACGCCGCCGGCGCCGCCUCCAAAGCCGCCAAGCCCUCCAAAGUGGCCGUCAAGUCGGCCGCCGGCCCCGUGGCCGUUCAUUGCUGCCACCAAGAAUAUAAAUUCCAAAAACUCCUUUAUCACUUUCUGUCUGCUCAACCUUCCCUCUCCUCUCAUUCCAACUACCCCGAGAGGGAUUAUUCUUGUGAAAGGAACACCAAUAGUGGUGAAAUACUGGAGCACAACCCCAAGAAGAAAAGCUGGGGGAGCUCUGGCACCACGGCCAAGGCCACCUUCAUCAAGCCAGGCAGGGCCACCACUAGGCAGCAGAUGCUUCACCCACACAAUGGCAAUCCAGUCUCGAAGGGACAAACGCUCAAAAUUCAGUGA